CAGAUUACCGUGACUGAAGACGUCACGUGUUGCCCUGUGUUGCAUGCUGUCUUAUCAUUCUCCGUCACGGCGUACAGCGCUACAAAAAUACGCACAUCGCUUGUGUAUCUGUUGUAUAGCAGGAUGUAGCAUCCUUUGUUCGGAAGAAAAAGGCUAAGAUUCUUGUUUUGUGCAACAUCACAAAACAACGAAGGUCUACCAUUCGCAGAAUAUGUUUACACGCGUGCUGAAAUUGGAGCUUAACAUUGCACAAAGACAUUGGUAUUGUUUGUGAGGCACGUAAAAUUCUGCCGGAGUGUCUUGUACAGUAAUUAUUCAUUACGACUGUAAUCGACGAUCGAACAUGUGAGGCACGUCAGUAGUAAAAGUGACGACAGAGGUUAGAUCGAGAUCAAUAUCGUUGAAGUGCUUGAAUAGACGACCAGCAAAAUAAGCCCUAGUGACCGACCCAAGGGACUGCGCUGAAGAUUAUGGUAACAUUCUUAGGCAACACUGAUUGUCCCUGAUGACAAUAUCGAGAAAACCAUGUCUGCUUAACCAGCAAACAUAUUCGUUUAUUUCGAAGGAAAUAUAAAUAACUGUUCGUUUCUGAAAUUUCUUUUUGGAUACUGUGUUUUUUUGUUCAUUUCAUCUGAGACGUUAAUUUCACACUGAAAACAUGGAACCGGAUAUGAUGCAAUUGAUGUACGACUUGAACAAAGAGGAAGCUCUAAAACGACUUCCGGUAAUUCUUUUUCUCGCAAUUCUGUGCUUAUUCGGGAUAACCAGUAAUCUACAUGUAUGGUAUAUCUACAAAUAUCAUUUUAAAAGUUCGACAUAUCGAGUAUUUGUUUUAUUUAUGGCAAUGAUAGACAUUGUGUGUUGUUUUGUGGCGAUACCAUUCGAGUUUGUUGACGAGUUAUUUGCCUUGGCAUAUACGGAUUUAAUUUCGUGCAAGAUCUUUCGGUUUCUUAGUACAUGUAUAAACAUGGCAUCUGUGUUUAUGCUGGUUAUAAUAGCAUUCGAGAGAUACGGUAAAGUUUGCACGCCUGAUGGCAACGUCAUGUCGGAAACUUCAGCGACGUUUUCUUCCACCAUCGUUCUCAUUGCUUCCGUAGUUUUCACAUUUCCGGCAAUUUACGUUUACGGGCGAAAAACCAUUAUGACCACCUCCGAGGUCGUUAACUAUGGUAAUAGUUCGUCAAACGUCAGCGUGAUUGGUUACGACUGCACCUGGGGUAAUAACAUUGAGGACACGCUCUACUUCAGGUGUUACCACACGUGGAUACUCAUGACAAUUAUUGGAUGUAUGGUCGUUUUAGCUGUGAUCUACAGUCUCAUCUGGUCAACUCUCAGACGAAACCUUAUUCUAACACGCAACUAUGCUAUGUGCCAUACUCGAUCCAGCUCGUUGGUUCCUGGUGAAAAUAACGAUGAAGCGACACGGUGUAAACAUGGAGCUGUGCAUCCCAAAGAGUCGGAACGGAUUCCAAAUCACACAAUUGAUCCUACACAGGUAAAUAAAAAAGAUACGACAAUAUCAAAUGGAAAAACAGAUGGUGAUUCAGAUGAAAAUUUGGAAAUAAAUUCGGAAAUCAAUAAACAAAAUGGCGAGACUGCAUCAUCUAUAAGCAUUGACGUUGACGACAAUUUGGCAACGCUUGGGAUCUGUAACAGAUCACAAGAUAUCUCGAAUGACCGGAAAUACUCUGUCGAGUACUAUUAUUCUGCUAAAGCGCAGUUACUAAGAGAGAAAUUACGUCACGCCGAAACGGUUAAUGAGAGGGAACUUCCGGUUACAAAGGUCACGUUCUCUCUGUCGCUGCUGUGCAUUGUGUUCUGUCUGCCAUAUAUUGUGUGCCUCAUUACUUACUUGUCAAACGAUGCCUACGUCGUUGCGAUGUCAACGCACGAGCAUAUGUUCUAUCUGAUUUGCUUCCGGUUGUACUUGGUCAACAAUGUUAUUAAGUCUAUUGUGUACGGAUGUCUGGACCGAGAGUUCCGGAAGAACCUUGCCAAAUUAUAUCGUUCUGUAUUUGACGGAUGCAAGAACUUUGUGUCUCGUAAUCCUAAAUAACUUUAUCUUGAGUUGGGGAGGUACAUCGUGUCAAAAAAUUAUAUAGAUACAACAGUAUCUAGUAUCAAUUAAUCUUUAUGAAUUCAGAUUAAAAAAAAGUCAACUUUGCUAAUAGUUCACGUCCAAAUUCUGAAAUGGAAAAUAUAAAAGUUAAAGUUGACUCUUCAGCCAAUACAAAAAUAUAUGGUAUCUAUAUUAGCUGAAAAGAUCAAUGUUUGUUUAAUUAAUUUCUCACAAUAGUAUUUAAUCAAUUAUUGUAGCCUAUAGGCGAGCCACUAGAUUGAUUUAUGUGAUAUCAUUGUUGCCAAAUUUGAAUUUGAUAUUGACAAUAUUGAAAUUAAGGUUAUUUGCAUUGGACAAUGAGGACAUGUUUACCAACAGUCAAUGUGAAAGGUACAUUUAUAUAUGUGUAAUUGGAUCAUUAUAAUUAAUAAUAACCGUGUGCUUUAGAAAUAAAAUUUCCUUUCGUAUAGUGAAAGGUGUAUGCUCAAAUGUAAUUUUAUCCUUUAUAUCAGUGACUAAUUUGCUUACAUUGUCCUUGUUGUGUGCAAAAAGUAUGAGACAGUCUAGUCUGUAAAAAGCACUGUUCUUAAGUAUACCCAUUCUUCUCAAAAGGUCCCGUCUACUAUAGAAGCCGUAUUCUAAAAGCUUUCAGGUCUGUGCCUUUCCGCAGUUACCGAAAUCUAUCGCUGGUUGCAAGUAUCCCUUGCUAUUAAACCAUAGGUCGGCGUUAUAACGUUUUUUUGGGGGGAAUACAUCAAUAGAAGACUUGAACAAUGAACCUGAAUAUAUGUGUACCAUAAAUAGCUUGCUCGUAAGGAAAUUGGCAGAUAAUGAAAGGGACAUUAUAUCAUUGUUUUAUUGUAUUGUAAUAUUGAUGAGUGUUUAAGAAAAUGAAAAGAA